UAUUGAUCCGUGGAAAUUCUUGACUCCAUGCAAGUUUCUCCAAAGUGAUGUGUUUUUUCUGUGCAGUUCGUUGUCCGCGUGUUUGGCAUGAAACGCGCUCUGAGGUUACUCAAUGCCAUGCUGAAGCCUUAGUUGCAGCAUGCUGCCGGUGGAAACGUCCGUUCGAGGUUCACGACACAGCAGCACCGAACGAACCUUUGCAGAUCCGACGAGGAGCUCCGAACGAGGGAGCGGGAGUGACAAGACCCCGACGAGGAUCGGGCUCGGCGAGUUCGAACGAGGACGAGGACGGUUCAGCAGCAGCAGUGGCGAGUAUCGCCUUGGAGUUGGAAAAGGACGCAGUGGUCGAAUGCCGAGUCCGUUCAAGCAAUGCCGAGUCCGCGCACGGUCGGUGUUGGAACAUGGUGCCCCAGAAGCCAAAUCUUGGAGAUUUGCGGAACUUUGUCCACAGAUUUCGAAGACUUCGGUUGUGAGAGAGCCGUUCACUGGUGGAAUAGCACAGCGGUAUGGUGUCGUACCAGACCAUUCGUUGGACUUACGAGCUUCGGCUCGUUCGACCUCCAAAUUCGUUCAUUUGGAAGCCAUUCUUGCUGUGGUCUUCGCCCAAAACAAGUCCACUGACGUCAAGGCUGUGGUCUUCGCCCCAAAAAAAAAACGCGCGCCGCACCGUCACCGGGCGGGCCUCGUCUUGGGGCGCGCAGCGUCCACGGUCGGCCCGGGGACCGCGGGCGGCGCCGAAGGCGCCUUCGGAUCGAUCCACAGGCAGCGGAGGAAGAAGCGGAUGCGCGCGGCGGCGGCUCUUCCGUUGGGAGAGGUGACGCCGGAGGUGAACCGAGGGAUGGGAAUUCUUCCUGUGACCGGUGCCUUUGCCGAUCCAAAGGCGAAGAAGGCGAAGACCGAGAAGGUACCGGCCGCAAAGACUGGGCUGGAGACCUUCUUCAGGCGGCAGAAGUUGGAGCUGGGCGUGCAACAGAGGCGGCUUGAAGUGUGGCGGCAACAGGGCGCGCUGGGGGCGCCGGGGGCGGGUUGGCGUCGCCUUCAAGUUCCAGAGCCGUGGGAGUUCUGCCAGCUGACAGACAUUUCGCCGCCCAAUGCAUUUUCAGCUUUGCCACCCAAAGGCACGUGCCAGGACAAGUACAUGCUUUUCUCUUUUGGCAGCCUCAUCCAUUUCAAGGAGCGCUUUGACCGGAAGCACAUGCUUGGCACAGCGGAGAGUUGCCUCAUCGCGUGGGCGAGCUGGCACGUCAGCCCGGUAGUGCUUGGCUUGUUCACGAAUGGUCGCACUGGAGCGUGCCACUCCGUGGACUUGGUUGAAAAGGAAUGGCGCAGUGGUGUCUUGUUUGCAAUCGCCGUCGCCGCCCUUCAGCGGCCGGCUCCGCCGAAGAACGAGCGCCUGCGCCCGCCUGCUCCCUGCGGUACGAGACGCGAUGGAGUCCGAGCUGGCGCAGCUGGACGCUUGCUGUCGGGCACUCCAAUGGCAACGUGCGCUGCACAGCGUGAUGACACCUCCGUCGAUCUCUCUGUCGGCCACGAACCGGGCGAUGAAAUGCUGUGCCCGCGCCACGCAGUGGCCCUGGACACUGGACCUGCUGCAGCGCUUGCGCGCCUGGUGGCGGACCGCUAUAGCUUCGGCGCGGCACUGGUCGCGUGUGAGAAGGCGCUCCAGUGGCCCUGGGCCUUGGCGCUGCUGCGAGAAGCAGAGAGAGGCGACCCGGUGCUCUACAGCAGUGUCAUGAGCGCAUGCAACAAGGCAGAGCAGUGGGCCAUGGCCCUGGAAGUGUUUCAAGAGUUGCAGACGCAGCGAUGUUCGGCGGACGUGGUGGUCUACAACGGUGCCAUCAGUGCUGCUGAGCGAGGCGCCCUGUGGCCCUUGGCACUUCACCUCCUGGCCGAGUUGUCGCAGUCCUCCCUGCAGCCCAGCGUGGUGUCGGUGAGCACGGCCAUGAGCGCCUGUGAACGAGGCAGCCAAUGGUGUUUGGCGCUCCAGUUGUUUGAUCCCUCAGAGGAGAUGAGCGAUGAGAUCGCGUUCGGCGCCGCGAUCAGCGCCUGUGCAGAAGGAGGUCAAUGGCGCCUGGCCCUCCACUAUUUCUCUCUGGCUUCGGCACGGCAACACCCACGGGAACGCACGCCGCAGCCGCCCGCGCCGUCGCGGCAGUCCGUAGGCCUCGUGCUACGAAAUGCUCUCCUGAAUGCCUUGGGUCGUGGGAACCAAUGGCAGAAGGCCCUGUGGUUGCUGGGGGCCGAUGGAUGGCCCAAGGAUGUCAUCAGCUACAACGCGGCCAUCAACGCCUGUGAGGAGGGCAGUCAAUGGAAUUGGGCGCUCUAUUUGCUAUCCAGCCUACAGCAGCAGCCCCGCAUUCAGUGCAAUGUCAUCAGUUACAACAGCGUGCUGAGCAGCUGCGAGGCCGCGAGUCAUUGGACCUUGGCCUUGCUGCUCCUCCGCGCCGCCGAGGCGAAAGGCCUCUUCGACGUGAUUACUUACAGCGCGGCCAUCAGCGCCUGCGAGAAAGCGCAUCGGUGGCAGUGGGCGUGCCAGCUCCUCACGCGACUCCGAGAACAAGAGCUCCAAGGCAACGUGGUGACGUACAGCUCGGCGAUUUUGGCAUGCCACUGGGGAGAACAGUGGCAGAGUGCUUUGGAACUCUUGAGAACUUUGCAGAAGGACCGGCUACAAGGGAACAUCAUGACCUACAAUGCCUCCAUUGCAGCUUGCCAUGCUGGAGGUCAAUGGAAGCGAGCUUUGUCCUUGUUUGCAGAGCUGGAGGCCAUGACUUUGGAAAGCUCUUCGAUUACCUUCAAUGCCUUGCUCAGCGUUUGUGCUCGCCAGCGGCAAUGGGCACAGGCCUUCGACCUCUUGCAGAGCUUCCCCCAGAAGUCGUGGGACGUCGUCACCUAUGCGGAGGCCGCCAACGACGCCGCGCUGUGGGAUGUCCUCCUGGGACGGUCUGGUGCGGGGAAUGCACCAGAACUGCUAGGACACCUUCAGCUGAAGGCCAUGCGCCUUGAAGUUCUGCAGCCCGGCGUGAAAAGAGGAGUUGCUGAGCUGGGUGGGUAG